AAAACAAACCCUCCUACUCAGGAACUGACGAAGGCGAAGGCGAGGACCACUGACGUAACCGGAUAUGACCUCAUCAAUAUGGCUGUCUGUAGGCGGAGCUAGUGACCGAGUGUGAAAAUGGCGUCUCCGAAAACUGUUCCUAAAGAUGCACAGGUUAUGAUGCAGAUUUUGAAAGACAUGGGAAUCACGGAGUACGAGCCGAGAGUCAUUAAUCAGAUGUUGGAGUUCACCUACAGAUACGUCACAACCAUAAUCGAAGAUGCCAAAAUAUACGCCACCCAUGCUAAGAAGACCAACGUGGACGCAGAUGACAUACGGUUAGCCAUCCAGUGUCGAAUGGAUCAGUCCUUCACGUCUCCACCGCCACGAGAUUUUCUACUCGAGGUUGCCAGGCAGAAGAAUCAAACCCCUCUGCCCUUGAUUAAGCCGUACGCAGGUCCUCGUCUUCCUCCAGACCGCUACUGUUUAACUGCACCAAACUACAGGCUCAAGUCGCUGCAGAAAAAGGUGUCUUCCUCUGCGGGUAGAAUAACAGUGCCGCGCCUCAGCGUGGGGGCCGUCUCCAGUCGACCAAGCACGCCAACGCUGGCUACCCCCUCAGUGCAGACGAUGGGGUCUAAAGUGGGAACGCCGGUGUCGCUCACAGGUCAGCGCUUCACAGUUCAGAUCCCGUCCUCUCAAGCUACAUCUGCUAAGUCGGCUACUCCGACCACUCCAGGCACGGUCCAGAAUGUCCUCAUCAAUCCCUCUCUCAUCAGCUCCAAGAACAUCCUCAUCACAACCAACAUGGUGUCUCAGAACUCAUCCAGUGACUCAGGCUCGCUGAAAAGGAAGCACGAAGAUGACGACGACUACGAUGCCUCGUGACCCCGUGUAUAAAUAAUCAUUCAUCUGGAUCCUUGACGCCGGAUCAGCUUGUAAAUACGCAAUCAUUUGCCUUCAGUCUUGCAGCCAUGACGUCCUUUUGAUCGAUUGUACCAGUAACUUUAGCAUCUUGCUCGUUGUUUGCUUGUUUUUUGUAAGUAAAAAAAAUAAAGUUUUGUUGCAUUUUUUCAGAAUUAUUAUUAUGAGCUAUGCUUUUUUGUGUGUGUGAAAAAAUGGAUAAUGGUAACUGAGGACAAAUUGACAUGGCUUUUAUAAUGGAUAUAAGAAACAGUAUGUUUUACAUUUAGCUAUAAUGAUUUGAUUAAAUUCAAGGAAAUGACCAGUAGGGAGUGACAAACCUCGAUCUUUUUUUUUUUUUUUUUUUUCUUUUUAUAUAAAAUACAUUAUUUGUAUUUUCAGUAUAUAGUGACAGACCUGUACCUAAACUUAUUGGUCAUGACGUGGUUUAAAUGUUUUCAAGAAACCCCACAGAACAGAUGUCACUGUAUAACUUUAAAGGUUCCUAAGCAAUAAAAAAUUGUUUGUCUCUUUA